AUGGAGGGCCCUCAAACCCAAGCCCGAGUGGCUUCACAUGUUAUCACCACUACCACCUCGCACGACACAGCUCUCUGCAUCGUGCCUCCAAGGCAGCUAUGGCCCAGGAUCGACCGGCUCAGAUCCCUAUACGACGACGCCUUUGGGAAAUGGCCACCUCACAUAAACCUAGUCUAUCCCUUCGUUCAAGUGGCAAGCCUCGACCACGCCGUGGUUGCGAUAGCAUCUGAGCUCGAGGCAAGGUUACGCACGCAGUGGUAUGACGAAUGCAAUCCAUCCGUCAGACUGGACUCGUCCGGCGUCUUCCCCCACAGAAAACACAACACCAUCUACCGCAAAGAUGGCGACGAGACGCGCGUUGAGAGGUUGAGGGCUCUGAGGAAAGCAGUAUCGAGUGCCCUUGGCCACCAGAGCUCAGGUGACAACGAAUACCGACCACACCUUACAGUGGCGCAGUCAUCAGAUGCAAAGGACACCCAGCACAAGUCGAGACUUGGCAAGGUAGACCUUUUGCCAACAUUAGAGUGGCAGGUGGAUACGUUGCACGUGUUGGUAAGGGUUCAGGGCGUCCAAGGCACCGUCAUGAAGUCCUGGGGAACCAUCGACCUACGGACCGGCUCGCUCUCUAGGCAUGAUCACUUGAUGAGCUUCUACGAAGAUUCCAUGUUCGUGACCCAGCCCGAAGACACGGCCUACAAGACCGGGUAUCCUCGGAAGGAAACCAUGCCCUGUCACACCUUUGACGAAUACACCAAACGCUGGACUCCGCUGUCAAAGACUCCUUCUUCCCGAAAGCUGAUGCAGAGCAAGCUUCGAGUAGCUAGCUACAACGUCCUGGCCGAGUUUGACUUUCCACCAUCACAAGAACGGUACCCCGUCUUGGUCAACACCAUCUUAUCCCAGAAUGCGCUUGCAGAUGUUCUCGUCUUGCAGGAGGUUACGGACAACUUUCUCUGUUAUUUGCUGGCCAACGAGGACGUUCAUACUUUGUACCGUUACGUAUCGCACGCACCGCCCAAUCAGGACGACAUCGAGCCUCUCCCUAGCCACCUGAACAUCGUCGUUCUGAGCACGAUGGCUUUUGACUGGGAAUGGGUACAGUUUCCUCGAGAUCAUAAGGGAUCUGUGGUGGCCAGAUUCCGAGACUUUGGCCGCUGGGAGGAUGCACAGUCUGUGCCCCUGGUUCUUGCAUCGGUACACCUGACGCAUGGCCUGAGCGACCAGGCCGUGACGACAAGGACGGCAGAAGUCGAACGGCUGUUGAGACACUUGAUCCAGACCUACAAAGGCCAUCCUUGGAUAGUUGCUGGAGAUUUCAACACUACGACCUCCUCCCUGACCAUCAAAGAGGCUCUCAAGGCCGGGCACAUAUCGCAACAGUCGGUAAAAGAAAUCUCAAGGUUCAACGAUUUGUUGGAACAGGAGGGACUGGCCGAUACAUGGGGUUCUCCCGAGGCAGGUAACUCUAGUAACGAGUUCUCUGCAGAUACGCUGUGCGCCGGCGAGGACGGCGCUACGUACGACCCGCUGAACAACAUGCUUGCCUUCAAGAUUAGGGACACCGGUCCUGGAGACCGACCACAGAGAUACGACAAGAUUCUGCUCAGGGGUGAGGCAACCCUCAAGAGCGCAGGCUUCAACAGGUUUGGCUUUCCCGCAGAACACGAAACGACCGAUGAGACCUCCUACGGCAGUGACCACUGGGGCAUUAGAGCCGUGCUGCAGCUUUCGAACGCAGCGACCAACGCCGCAGCGAUAUCCACGGAUGUUAGCCCCUUGGUUGUCCCAGUUGAAUUGGUGAGAGCACCCGAGCCAAUGCAAGACCCUCAACUGCUGAAGGGUAUACUCGAGAGUAUGGGGGCCAUUCCAGCGGCAGAAGAGGGCACUCGUCGUCAAGCCGCCUUUGACGCACUAAGGCAGGUCGUUACAGAAAAUCUUAUCGAAGGAAUCAGUGAUGCUUCCGAACAUGAUCGUUUGAGAUCAUCACUGAUCAUGGUACCGGUAGGCUCCUGGGGCCUAGGUGUUUCCACCUCGUCAUCUGAUAUCGACUGUCUCUGCAUUGGGCCCUUGAGUUCCAGCACGUUCUUUGCACUGACGACACAGAGGAUCAAAAAGGCAUCUGCGGAGUCGGCACUGGAACUCAAGCUCUUACGCAGAGUGCGGGCUAACUCGGGCGUCAUGCUGGAGCUAGAAGUCAUGGGUAUCAGGAUGGACUUGCAAUACUGCGCAGCCACAGCGGUUGCAGAACAGUGGCCAGCUGUCCUGAAGCUACCUGCCAACGACCCGAUUUUUGCACUUCCGGCUCAGACCCUGGGAAAGCUCAAGGCCCUGCGUGACCUGGAUUACCUCCGCGAGACCAUCCCCGACUUGUCCAAGUUUCGUGUUGCUCAUCGGGCCAUCAAGACCUGGGCGCAAUCCAGGGGUAUCUACUCAGCCAAGUUUGGCUACCUGGGCGGCAUACAGAUCUCCAUCCUGCUGGCACGGGUUUGCAAGCUGCUGGCUCGUGAUUACGGCCAGGAUCUUUCAGUCCCUGACAUCCUGUGCUCUUUCUUUUCCCAUUAUGCAUCGUUCGACUGGAGGAACAAGAUUGCGUUCGAUCCCUUCUUCCACACAAAACUCAACUACUUGCGUUCGGCCCGCGAGCCCCUCGCAAUUCUCGGCUUUUUCCCUCCGGCACUCAACACCACCCUGGCUGCGACGGUCCCGUCAAUGAAUGCCAUUGCGCGAGAGCUGUCCAAGGCAGACGAAUUUCUCAAGGAGGACGGUAUGACAUGGGAUACCUUCCUCAGGGGUUGUCCAGCAGUAGUGGACAAGAGACAGCGUUUGGUCGGCGGCGCAGCCGACUUUGUACGCUCGUACAAGUCUUUUGUAAAGAUUGAGCUGCAAUACUGGGGCAUUUCGCUUUCCAAGGGCUCGCAAUUUGUCGGAUGGUUGGAAUCUCGAUGCCCGCUACUUCUCGUUGACAUGUCGCGCCGGCUGCCACAGCUUAAAUUUCGAAUCUGGCCACAGCGGUUUGUUGAGCAACUCGAUGUCGACGCAGGAGAGCCAGAGGCCGGUAAUGAAGAGGAUGACCAAGGGGAGACGCGCGAAUAUCAAGGCUUCUACCUCAUCGGGCUCGAAGAGGACAGCAGGACCACAGACCAAGACACGAGGCUCACGGCUGGCACCAUGCAGACGAUUCUCCAACGCUUUGAAGACAUCAUUCGUAAGGACGAGAAGUACUUUGAUGCCAAGAGUCAGUGGUUGAGCACAUCCGUGAUCCAAGGCGCGGAUUUGGGUGAAUUGACGCUUGAUGAACGAAGCUGGGGCAACUACACAGCCGGCGAUGAGGACGAGGACGAGGACCAGGACGAGGAAGAGGAAGCCGAGGAUAGUGCCAGCGACACACAUGAGUCGGGGCAACGGCCUCAGAGGCAAAAGAAGGGAAAGAAGGGCAAGAGUACCAAGGAGCCAAACCGCGUGGUCCCCAUUGCAAAAUCCGGCGCCAAGUUCCGGACUGCGGCGGAUGUCAUCAGUCGACUGCGUUGGGACCCUGCGUUGGACAGCAGCGAUUAUGUGGUGGGAUAUGAGGAUAGGUUCAAAGGCGCGAUGGAGAAGGCGCUGGAUGCUUGGAAGGGCGAGCAGACUGACGAGGAGUUCAUCCCGCAGCAUCGCAUCCUGUACUUCAAACGGAAGAAAGACGGCAUGGUGGUAUGGGAGAGGCGGACACGCAAGGAUCUGCUGUUUGGCAGUGGCUGCUAG